ACACUAUAAAUUCUCCUGCACGUUGAAUACCCAUUUGAAAAUUCUAGUUUCUGUGACCCAUUUCGCCCUGGUCUGUUUAUAAAUACUCCACCAUCACAAUCUAGUAACACACAACAACAUCGUAUAUAUCCUCGUCAACUAGCAGAGCUUGGUAUAGAAAGAACAACAGUGAACAGAGUUUCAAUCGGGGACAACUUGAAGAUCACAAAAUCGAGGGGAAAAAAUGGCAAGGAAUGUGUGUUUGAACAUGAUAGGGUGUUGCAUGGUUGCAAUGAUUUUCAUAAUUGGUGCGACUGAAGCAACGGAUUAUACGGUUGGUGACAGCUUGGGAUGGAACGUUCCCAACAAUAAGAGCUUCUAUACAGAUUGGGCUAGCACCAAGGAGUUCUUCGUUAAUGACACUCUUUUAUUCAACUGGACCGGAAAUCACACUGUGCGAAUUGAUUCGGAGGCUACUUAUUACGACAAUUGCAACACAAGCGAAAUAGGUAUCCAAUUCAGAAGCAGUUUUCGGUAUACUAUUGUUGGAGCUGGGCAUCACUACUUCGUUUGCACCGUUGGCAAUCACUGUGAAAGAGGCCAGAAGUUCAGCAUCAACGUUGAGUCUCCACCUGCUUCCGCUGCUCCCACACUCUCUUUCGGAUUCUUAUCUGCUCCAUUCCUCUCCACCUUCGCUCUCUACAUCUUCUCACCUCCACCACUCAAUUACUUUCUCAUGUAGACCUCUUCAUUCUUCUCAUCAUUCUUUCAACAUUCAAUAUAUACAUGUUAUAGGUUUUUUGGGUUGUUUAGGUUUCAAUAAAUCUUGCACGCUACUAUCAAUAAAUAUGUUGUAAUCCUUUUCCUAGUUUUAGUAUGGAAUAUACUAUGAAAAAAAAAUAGUUAUCUUGUAUACAUAUAUAUAAUCUUCGAACAAUAUGGAAUAUAUAUUCAGAGAAAUACUCAUCUUUA